AUGGACCACGAAAUUGCAGACGCGAGGAAGGCCAGCGUGACCUCUGCAGCCACCAAGUCUUCCUCGUCCCGGAAGUCGGCCUCUUCGUCCAAGUUCAAGGACGGCAGGAAGGUCACGAAACGGAAGAAGUCACCAGUUCCAGAGGUAGGCAAGUACGUCGAAGUGUCUGCGAAAGCUGAAGCAAGGGAUAGGUUCCACGCCAAGGUGAUCAUGCUGCUGGUCAUGCCAGCGAUCGCCACCUUCCUGGUCCUGCUGGCGGCUCUUAUCUACGUGGUCACCCGAGAAAAGCCCCGACUGCUCGUGGACACCUGCAGGAACGACGCCUGUGCCGCCUUUGGUGAAGAGCUCCACGCUGCCAUCAACUGGUCAGUCAACCCGUGCGAAGACUUUCACGCCUUCGUGUGCGGCGGUUGGGAUGAUCCUCAGCGUCAAACGGCGACCGCAGCACGAAUGGUAGCCGCCGCCUUGGAUCAGGCGAUCGAGGAAGUUAAAGCAGACCUCGCAAGGCAAGGCAGCUCGCCACAGCACAGCAGCAAGGCCGCGCAGUUUUUCGAGAGCUGCGUCAUCGCUGACACGCAGAAGCAUCAGAACCUGGAAGAGUUCGCAGAUUUUAGGCAAUCCCUUGGUCUCGUAUGGCCCGAGCGCAAUCCAAGCGACGACACCCACCCACUCGACAUUAUGGUUAACCUGGCGAUUAACUGGGAAAUGAACUUUUUCUUUGACCUCGGUGUCGUUGCCAUGCGCCAGUCCACUUCCCUGCUUGUCUCCCGAGGUCGCAUGGAUGACGUUUGGGAGGAGAAGCUGCGCAGUGUGAUGACGAUCGAAGCGUACGAGAAAUACAUGAGCGAUUACUACGGUGUUCUCAGCGUCAACAGUUCUCAAAUUGAUGUGACACCAGCCGAACUCCUCGAUAUAGAAAAAACCAUCAUCAACUCGAAGUAUGAGUUCUUUUACGGCCCCUCUCAUCAAGACUGGUUCCAAGUGAGUGGCUUAGAUGAAAAAACACCAUCGGUACCAGCGGGCUUGUGGCUCACUCUUCUAAGGAAGUACGACCAGCUGUACAACUGGACGGGCGAUGACACUGUGAUUGUCGAGGACGUCAAGAUUCUGGAGAACGUCAACUACCUCCUGAAAGCUCUCGGCAACUACAAGCUACUCAUCGGAAUGUCGUGGAUGUUCAUCCAGACACACCUCUGGGCUGUUUAUGGGUCACCUUCACUCCGAUUUCGUGGCACGGAGCAACACGUGAUUAAGAUGAAAGAACGCGGCUGCAUGGAAUACGUUGGAUCUCCUUUCGGGCUACUCGGCUGGGCCAAGAGACUGACGGACAGCUACCGCAACGACAAGGACGAAGAGCACGUCACCAGCUUGCUGUAUCGAAUAAAUCAGCACACGAAGCACCUUGUUAACAUGCUCAGCUGGAUGGAUUCUAAGAGCAAGGCGAUGAUAAUCUCGAAGCUGGACAAGAUGUCCCGCAUCGUCUUGCCGAAUGACAGCUUCUUCGACCAAAGAAAAAGGCAAGAAAUGUACGGCGUGUUUCCCCAUAUGACCGGAAGCACCUUCAUGACUAACCUGGUACAUGCGUCCAAAGUUUACCAGAGUCUGCGCACCAACAAACGCUUCGCGGACGUGUACAGCAUUCGCAUGGUUCCGCGAUACGGUCGCGAGCUUUAUCUGUACUUACCGAACUUCAUGGCGAUCGCGUUAGUCAGCCUGAGCCCACCAAUGUAUUACAGUCGUGCAACGCUAGCAAUGAGAUACGGUGGCAUAGGCUCCUUUGUAGCUCGAGAGAUGGUCAAGACGUUUGAUGAAAUUGGUGUUACGGUGGAUGAUAUGGGAAAGCGCGAACCUUGGCUUGGUGAUGAGGCGGUCGCAGCGUACCAAAACAAAGCUAACUGCGAUGUUCACGCAGGCGUCAACAGCGCCGCGUGGCGUCCAAUACGUGCGUUGCCUGUCAUUCCCGCACUGGAGAUUGCUUUCGAGGCCUUCACGGCAGCCGUGGCGGUCGACUCUCGAGCCCUGGUAGACUUCAAGGUCCUUCAUCUGGAAGCGUUCACUGACGUGCAGAUCUUCUUUCUGGCUUACUGCUACUCACUGUGCUCUAAGAGGCCACACACCUUGCGUGAGGACUGCAACGUUCCCGCCAUGAACUCGCCCAUUUUUGCUGAAGUAUUCCACUGCCCCGUGCAUUCACCCAUGAACCCGCCCAAGAAGUGCACGUUUUUUGACAAGUAA